UCUGCUACAGUGCACCAAGAUCAAAAUAUGGUUAAGAAUAUGUUGAAUCAAAAACUGAGCGGUGGAUGCAGUGAUUCAGGUGUAUAUUUGCAUGUUUCCCUACUAAAUGAACAGAGUUCUGCAUAUUCUUCCAAACCUUCAGAGAGCCAGUGGAUGGAGGAAAUCCAAGAGUCUGAGGAGGAACAAGAAGCCAGCUUCACAACACAAAAUAAGGACAAUGAUGGACAUUCAAAAGUGUGGCAAAGUAAGAAUUGUAAUAGAAGCAAAAGAGUUUAUGAUUGCCCUGUGUGCCAUAAACGGUUUGGUGCUCCAUCCGAACUAAAAAGACAUUGUCUUAUUCACACAAAUCAAAGGCCAUUUCAGUGUUCCAUAUGCUGCCGUGCCUUCAGAGAACGCUCUCAUCUAAAAGUACACAUCAGAACUCAUGAUGUCCCUGUGAAGAGGAGAACACCAUCACUCCAGAGCUACAGAGACAACAUAGUGUCCUGUAAUCAGGCUUCAAAGUCAAAACCCUCUCCAAAAUUUCUAACUGCCCACAAUGAUACCACUUCAAAAAAUAAACAAAAGUCAACCGUGCAGGAAGAUCAAAAUGUGCUUACAGAGGAUAUGCUGUCUCAAAAAAUAUGUGGUGACUGCAGUGAUUCAGGUGUACAUUUUCCAGAUACUCUUUUAAUUGAAGGAGGUUGGGAUCGUCACACUGGACAGAGUUCUGCAUAUUCUUCCAAACCUUCAGAGAGCCAGUGGAUGGAGGAGAUCCAAGAAUCUGAGGAGGAACGAGAAGCUAGUGUCACAACACAAAAUGAGGACAAGGAUUUAAAUGAAAAAGUGUUGCAAAGAAAGAAUUCUAACGUAAACAAAAGAGUUUAUGAUUGCCCUGUGUGCCAUAAAAAGUUUGAUGCUCCAUCCGAACUAAAAAGACAUUGUCUUAUUCACACAAAUCAGAGGCCAUUUCAGUGUUCCAUAUGCUGCCGUGCCUUCAGAGAACGCUCUCAUCUAAAAGUUCACAUCAGAACUCACACCAACCCAGUGAAGAGGAGGACACCAUCACUCCAGAGCUAUAAGAACAACAGCGUGACCAGUUUUCUAGCAUCUAAGUCAAAGAUAAAACCCUCUCCGAAAUAUCUAACUGUCCAAAACAACGCUAGUUCAGCAGAAAAACUACAGUCUGCAUCUCACCAAGACGACAAUAGGGUUACAGAGAUUGUGGCAUGUCAAAUUAUUAGUGGUGACUGCAGUGAAUCAGAUGGAUAUUUAGAGGACUCCCUUCUAAAUAAAGAAGGUUUGAAACUUCACACUGGAUUGAGUUCUGCAUAUUCUCCUAAACCUUCAGAAGGCCAGUGGAUGGAGGAAAUCCAAGAAUCUGAGGAGGAACAAGAAGCCAGUGUCACAACACAAAAUGAGGACAAUGGUGCAAAUUCAAAAGUGUGGCAAAGAGGUUGGGAUCGUCACACUGGACAGAGUUCUGCAUAUUCUUCCAAACCUUCUGAGAGCCAGUGGAUGGAGGAGAUCCAAGAAUCUGAGGAGGAACAAGAAGCCAACCUCACAACACAAAAUGAGGACAAGGAUUGGAUGGAGGAAAUCCAAGAAGCCAGUGUCACAACACAAAAUGAGGACAAUGGUGUAAAUUCAAAAGUGUGGCAAAGAGGUUGGGAUCGUCACACUGGACAGAGUUCUGCAUAUUCUUCCAAACCUUCAGAGAGCCAGUGGAUGGAGGAAAACCAAGAGUCUGAGGAGGAACGAGAAGCUAGUGUCACAACACAAAAUGAGGACAAGGAUUUAAAUGAAAAAACAUUGUCUUAUUCACACAAAUCAGAGGCCAUUUCAGUGUUCCAUAUGCUGCCGUGCCUUCAGAGAACGCUCUCAUCUAAAAGUUCACAUCAGAACUCACACCAACCCAGUGAAGAGGAGGACACCAUCACUCCAGAGCUAUAA